UCCUCCCGCGCCUCGGCCUCUCCGGACGCAGCCCCCCAGGCGCGCCGAGCCCCGGCCGCGCGGUGCCAUGCUGCCCCGGCGGCGGCGCUGACCGAUGGCGACGCCCGUGCCUCCGCCCUCCUCGCGGCACCUGCGGCUGCUGCGGCUGCUGCUCUCCGGCCUGGUCCUCGGCGCGGCCCUGCGCGGGGCCUCCGCAGCCGCCGCCGAUGCGGCCACUUGUCCCCGGAGCCUGGACUGCACCCUCAAGAGGCGUGCGCGGUGUCCCCCUGGAGCACACGCCUGUGGGCCCUGCCUGCAACCCUUCCACGAGGACUCCCAGGGCCGAUGCGUGUCCCGGGCGCACCGCCCCCCUGGGGAGGGACCACUCCCACCGCGACUAGAAGAUGAGAUUGACCUCCUGGCCCAGGAGCUGGCGCGGAAGGAGGCGGGGCCCCCGAGGGCCUCGGGUGGACCCCUGUCAGAGGCCCUGGAGCGUCUCCUUAAGUGUUCUUUCCCUGCAGCCACCCCGGGCUUCUCAGAGCUGGCCCCAGGGCCCAGGCCCGGCCUGCCCGUGACGCCUGCAGCCCCCACCCCUGCAUCGCAUAGCUCCCUGGGCCCACCUGCGUCUUCUGGGCCUGUACAGGUGUCCCGGCUGGAGCACCCCGGCCAGCGGGGUGACGCGCUGGCCCUCGUGCUGGUCGUGGGCUUCUGCGUGGCAGGCGUGGCCGCGCUCGCUAUGGCUGCCCUUUGCUGGUGCAGGCUGCAGCGGGACAUGCGCCUGGCUCAGAAGGUGGACUACGCCGCCACGAAGGCGCCGGGCUCGCCCGCCACACCGCGGAUCUCGCCUGGUGACCAGCGGCUGGCGCACUGCGCCGAGCUCUUCCACUUCCAGCGGCAGCGGCAGCAGAUGCUCAGCCUGGAGCGGCACAAAGAGCCGGCCAAGGAGCUGGACUCGGCCUCGUCGGACGAGGAGAACGAAGACUGCGACUUCACGGUGUAUGAGUGCCCGGGGCUGGCCCCGACCGGGGAGAUGGAAGUGCGCAACCCGCUGUUCGAUCCCACCUCGCCGCCCGUGCCGCAGUGACCCGACCGAGGCAGUCCCGCGGGGCCCACGGGUGGGGCGGGCCUGGCGUUUCCCAUUAAAAAACCAGGUUCGGACGGUG